AUGGACUUCCUCAAGUCUGCAGUCGCCUCCGCCAUCUCCAAGGGCCCUGCGUUUGGCUAUUCUUUCGGCGACAGAGUCGACAUCGAUCAGUCAAUAUGGACUCUCCAUAAUGGCACGAAGCGAGAGGAUGGCUCGAAAUGCAGUAUCUUCUCCUUCGACGUUGCCUCGAACAAGUCUCGCCUACCUCUUGCGAAGAACGCGCUGCGUAAACUGCGCACCAUUAGGCACCCUGGCGUUAUAAAGGUACUGGACACGGUGGAGACAGAGACAUAUAUCUACAUCGCAACUGAGCGUCUCGUCCCGCUGAGCUGGCACACGCGCCGCAAAGCGCUUGCCGAGGAGACGAUCAAAUGGGGCCUGCAUAAUGUUGCCAAAACACUCAAGUUCCUGAAUGGAGAGGCUAGCUCGGUACACGGUUGCGUACGCGUCGCGUCUAUAUUUACGAGCGAGAGCGGCGAAUGGAAGCUCGGUGGCUUCGACAUUCUAAGCUCCAUGAAGGAGGACGAUGCUGUCAUUUACAGCUUUGGUGGCCUAGUGCCUGACGCGAACCGCUACGCACCGCCCGAGAUUUCAAAGGGAGGCUGGGACGUGAUUAAGAGCAACCCCAUUACCGCCAUAGAUGCAUACGGGUUUGGCACAGUGGUUUUCGAGACUUUCAAUGGCAGCUUCCAGGGAACAGACCAGCUUGGACAAAUCAAGAGCAUUCCGCCCACGAUGCAACAAAGUUACAGGCGGCUGAUCAACCCCAGCCCUAAAGCUCGAUCGAGCGUUGGUCAGUUCCUGGAUCAAGGGCAGCGAGCGGGUGGAUUCUUCCAGACGCCCUUGAUCUCCUUGACGGAUGGUAUUGAGAGCCUUGGUUUGAAGGGCGAAUAUGAGAGGGAUGAGCUGCUCAGCCAGCUCGAAGAUGUAGCAGACGACUUUCCCGAGGACUUCUUCAAGAUGAAGGUUCUCCCAGAACUGCUGAAAUCAGUAGAGUUCGGUGGCGGUGGACCCAAGGUUUUCGGCCUAGUCAUGAAGAUUGCCUCGAAGCUGUCGGAUGAAGAAUACGACGCUCAGAUUACUCCUGUCAUUGUUAGGCUCUUCCAGAGCCCGGACCGAGCAAUACGCGUUUGCCUUCUUGACAACCUUCCACUGAUGAUCGACCACUUAUCCAACAAGAUCGUCAAUGACAAGAUCUUCCCCCAGAUGGUCACCGGCUUCUCCGAUACCGCACCAGUCCUCCGAGAGCAGACGGUCAAAGCAGUUCUCACAGUGGUACCUAAGCUCUCUGAUCGGACCGUCAACGGAGAACUCCUUAGACAUCUUGCCAAAACGGCCAACGACGAGCAACCAGGCAUUAGAACCAACACUACAAUCUGCCUAGGAAAAAUUGCGCGGAAUCUUGGAGCAAGCUCUCGUACCAAGGUCCUAACUGCUGCCUUCGGCCGUGCUCUACGCGACCCUUUCGUUCACGCAAGAAAUGCCGCUCUGCUGGCACUCGCCGCAACAGCCGACCUCUACAGUGAAGAAGACUGCGCAUCGAAACUCCUUCCAGGCAUCUGCCCGUCAUUAGUCGACAAGGAGAAACUCAUCCGCGACCAAGCGAACAAAACCAUGGACAUCUACGUUGCCCGCAUCCGCAAGCACCAAACCACCAUGCCCGAGACCGUCUUGCCCCCUACCCCCGCCGCCGGGCCUGCCGGCGCCGGCAUCCCGCGCAUGUCGACCCCGCAGCAAGACAAUUCCUGGGCCGGCUGGGCCAUCUCGUCCUUCACGAACAAGCUCGCGGCCGCUACGGGCGACAUCCAGACCUCUACCAAUGGCGGUGGCCUCAAACCCGAUGCAGCAGCAGCGCCGCGCUCCUCUUCGACUCCACCUACAACGACCUCAACCACACGCCCUACCUCUUCCACCAGCACCGCCUCCACCCUCCACCGCCAAACCCUCAACAAAUCUCACACGACAACCUCAACAUCUGCCACCUCGCCCGCGCCCUCCGAGGCCGAAGCCGAAGACUUCGGCGCCGCAUGGGGCGACGACUUCAACGACAACACCGGCAACGAUGACGAUGAUGGCUGGGGCAAUGCAGCAGAUGACCACGAUCCCUUUUCCCCCGCGCCAACGAAGAAGGAAGCACCCGCCGUUCCCUUCGACGAUAACGGCGAGCCCGACUUUGCUGGCUGGCUCACCGCGCAGGCGCAGGCGAAAGCAGCGUUCAAGAAGCCUCUGCCUAAGGGGCUGGCAUCAGCGAAGUCGUCGGCGAGCGCUGGUAGUAGACCCGGUGCCGGACCGCGGGCGAGUUCGAUGGGUAGCGCCGGUACCGCAGCUGGGGCGAGGAAGUCGGUCGUUACGGGGCAAGCAAGGAAAACGGCGGCGACGACGAAGGCGGAAGAGGAGAAGAAGAGGAAGGAAGAGGAAGCUAAGAAGAAGGCUGAGGAGGAGGAGAUGGAUGAGGGAUGGGGUGAUGCGUGGGAUUGA